AUGAAGCUAGGAGAUACGUUCCCGGCCUUUUCCGCCAUGACAAAUCUUGGCAAGAUCGAUAACUUCCAUGAGUGGAUGGGCAACAGCUGGGCAAUACUGUUCUCGCAUCCCGCGGAUUAUACACCCGUUUGCACAACGGAGCUGGCACGAGCAGCUCAACUGGCAGAGCAAUUUCACGACAGAAACGUCCAAAUGAUUGCUCUGAGCUGCGACUCGGCUGAGGCACAUCGUGGCUGGAUCCACGAUAUCGUAGCUUAUGCGAACAAUCCUAUCAUCACAAGUAGGUUUGAAUUAUGA